CAGAAUGUUCAGGACUCACUCGCGAGGUUACUAAACUCGCGUUUUUAUAAUGCGUUAACAUGUUAAGUUUGAGUUUGCCUUUAUUGUGAUUAAUAUUAACGCUAAUUUCUGAUUCACUGAUCGUAUCUAGGGACUGUGUUGACAAUACUCUGCUCUUGAAAGAUGACUGACGAUCACACUUACGCAGCAACUCUGAGUUCGCCGGACACAAACAACAACAGUACGAUCAGGCAUGGUGGUUGGAUCUGCUCAGGACAAGCCAACAUAGAGUACCCACAGUUGAAGGUUUGGCUACCAAAUCAAUACAGGUACCAUGCCUGCCAUUUUGAAGUGGUUCCUUCAUUGGGAGACCAUACUGCUUUUGAUGCCACUGUACGGGUAGAUGUUGGCACUGUGGAACAGGCCCAGGAGUGGCUGAUCAAAUUAAAAGAAUCAUCGGGGGUGACAUGGAGGGUGGAUGUUACCCGACCUAGGUUGGGACGCCGUGUGCUAUUAAAGGCAAGUUACAAGUGCCAGCGCAGGGUGAAUGUAAAAGCUGCAAACAGCAGGACAUCCACUAAAAACACCUGCUGUCCAGCGAAGAUUCAUAUCCUGUUGAAGUGUGCUAGUGGGCAAAUGAGCAAGACCAAAGACCCACACAUGCCCGACUUUCCAUUUGAGGUGCGGAUAGUGAAUCGGCACAAUCAUAAUUUAUAUGUUGCUGAUGCCCUCCGCCACCGAGAUGUGGGAGAGAAGGCGAAAGAAAUCUUGACAGGGCUAUUUGAAAUUGGCCACAGUCCCACUUCUGCCCUGGCAGUACUUAAACAUGAUCUGCAGAUGGAAUAUGGAGAAAGGUUUUUGUAUGCCUCAGCAAACAGGGAGAUAUGCCCAGACCUUCCCUAUGUGUAAAGACUGUUCCACAAGGUAUGUAGGGCAGAAUACGGGGCUCAAAAAUCUCUUGUGGAGGACAUGAUAGAGGACUUGAAAAGACGCGGCCAGGAUCCCAUCUUCUCUGCAGGGCUAAUAGCAAUGGCUAAGCAGUACCACCUCCUGAAGGCCAACCCCUCCAAACUGCUGUCAGCCAUCCACACUUUUGGAAAGUCUUGCAACCUGACAAGCAAAAGAGCUGCCACAUUAAGGCGGGCUGCCAGACGUCAAGCCACCGCUGUGGCACACAGGAAGUUGGGUGCUGGCUCAAAGAGGCAGCAUUCAGAUGAGCACCCUGUGAAAUGUCAUAGCCUGAGUACAUCAGUGGCUUUCAGCACCACCCUUGCCAAAAAGCACUAAUGAACCCCUCCCCAGAGGCAGAACAUUGUUCAACAGUGCCCCUCCACCCCCCUCUGUGUUUGUGUCUCGUGUCUUUCUUUUCUUUCUAACAGUCUUUGUCUCAUCUUACUAACAUGCCACUCGUGGCCUGUACCUUGGUAUGUUGAGUGGGCUUUAUACCAAAUCAGGCCUCAAGGUGUGUCUUGUGUCAAAUGUUGAAACCUAGAAAUUAUGUUCCUGUCCCUCAAAUCUGCGUGCACAAGUGCAUAUUAUUACUUCUUUUUUUUACCGGAAACCACAUGCAAAAACAAACUUAUGAGUAAUCGCCACCACAUCAAAACAUAAUAGACAAUAAAGGUUUUCUAUUCCAUACAAGUAGCGAUUUUAAUGCAAUUCUUUCCUCAGGCUUCUCGGUCAAGCUUGUUUGGACAGUCAGGUUGCAGAAGUGCAGCACAAUUCCUCGUCAUAUUCCUAUGACCCCCCUGCCUCUUUCCUGUUUAAUAUCUGUAUAAUUAUUAGUGAUUAUAGAUAGCGAUCCAAUGAAUUACCUGUCCCUAUUUUUAAUUGUCCCCAUAUUUAUUCAAAUUGCCCCAAUUAUUUAAGACCUAUUUUUGGUAAUAAUUUCAGACAAUAAUAUCUAAUGUUUACUUACAGUAGGCUUUGUCUUAGGUGGUGCCAGGAGCUAAUUGGAGGACUUGCCAGAUCUAUGACAUCUUUAAUUUAUGCAGGA